UCCGGGAGGGUCGCUCCCAGAGACCAGCGGCUGUCAGAGAGGGAGGCCGCUGAGCUGCUGCUGCGCACCGUGGGUUCGAUGAUCCUGCACGACCCGCUUUACAGAGUUUACCUCCAGAACCACACGGUCACGUCCGGCCGGUUCUCAGGCUCCGUCGCCUUUUCAAAUGUUCCCCGGAGCUAGCUAGCUGGUUAGCUUCCUUGGUUAGCUGGGGGAUUAGCACCGUCCUGCUUCGCUUUAUUGGACAUUCAAACUCAAUUCCCCCGCCGCCGCUGGAUCUACACCCGCUGGACUUCCAACCAUGGAGUCGGUGAAUCUUUUCGACCAAGCCAGCCCCGUUAACACCGUUUUGGAAAGUAGGCCCGACACGAUCCCCGGCCUUUCCUCGCUCUCGUCGCCGCACUGCAGGACUCUGUUCUCCCCCGGACCCGCGGCGGUGCUGUCCCCCGUCACCAACCUGGCUCUGGACAUGGACAACCUAGCGGGACUCGGAAGCCUCUGUGAUACCCCGAAGAGGAGAAAGCAUGCCCGGCUUGAGAAGAUUCCCUCCUUUGCCUCUGACGUCUCAUCUGAUGCUGGCCUGGGCAUGGAUCCCCCGAGCCCCAUGGACGCUGUUGAAGUGGAGGACACAUUUGAAAGGGCAAUGCAACAGUCGAGCAGAGUUGUCAACGAGAGGCUACCAAUUCGAAGAAUCAACUCAUUGCCACUCCAGCUCCUGGGUUUCAGUCCAUCACUGAAGGGACAGGAAACUGAUUCUCACCGCUAUGGAAUAUUCGGACAACAACCCUCCCACAUAAAUGCCGCCAGCUCGUCCUAUCAACUCGACAACAAAGAAAACAUGCCGGAGGAGGGCUUUGAAUUCAAGAAACCAACCAAACCAGUGUCGCGGUGUCGACUGCGCUCCUUUCACGGUGGACAGUCUAAGGACGCCUUCGCUGGCCGCCCCAGCUCUGCACCAGCGCUCAUGUUUUCUUCACCUCCUCCAAUCCAGCAGCUGGACUUUUUUGACUCCAGCCCCGUGUUCCGGAGACGCUCCUCUGGCAGCUCUCUAAACGAGGAUGAUGAUGAUGGAUUUUUUGGUGUUCCGGAUGACAACAUGGAGAACGACUCUGGGAUGCCGAUGGGAAUGGCCAGCUUGCUCACCGCCCCACUGGUUUCUGACAGUCCAGGAGAAGACUCUCCUGUGAUUCGCUGCCGGCCGCGGAGCUUGUUUCGCUCGCCCUCCAUGCCCAGUCCUCUCUCCCGGCCCUGUGCCAAGCGCCCCGACUGCCCCGGAGACGAUAUCACGCCGGUCAGGGUGAAACGCCGACGCAGCCUGGCAGGCACACAAGUCACCUCCCUGGAGCAAAACCCAGAAUCCCCACGAAUGGGCUGCUCGUCGUUCCAGAGAUCCAAGUCCUUCUGUCAGACCGACAUCGAGAAGGUGCUGGACAGUGAGGACAGCUCUAAUGAGCUGAUAGGAGAUUUCACCAAGCCUUUUGUAUUACCCACCGUGGAAGGCAAACAUCAAGACCUCAAGUACAUUACCCCAGAGAUGAUGGUGACCGCUCUGACUGGCCAGUUCAACCAUCUAGUUGAGCGAGUGAUCGUCAUCGACUGUCGCUACCCCUACGAGUUUGAGGGAGGUCACAUCCAGGGAGCGCUGAACCUGCACCAGGAAGAGCAUGUGGAGGAUUUCCUCCUCAAGACCCCAAUCCUCACGUCCUCCCUGGAGAAACGAGUCGUCAUCGUCUUCCACUGCGAGUUCUCGUCGGAGCGCGGCCCUCGAAUGUGCCGCUUCGUUAGGGAGCGAGACCGCGCCUUGAACGAAUACCCCAACCUCCACUACCCCGAGCUCUACAUCCUCAAAGGCGGAUACAAGGAGUUCUUCCCUCAUUUUCAGUUGCAAUGUGAACCUCAGGCGUACCGGCCCAUGCACCACGAGGACUUCAAGGAAGACCUGAGGAAGUUUCGCCUGAAGAGUCGCACCUGGGCCGGGGAGCGCAGCAAGAGAGACAUGUACAGCCGCCUGAAGAAGCUGUGAGCGCCUCCCCAGCUGCCUCAAACACUCUGCCACCCCCGACCCCCCACCCACCCCCCCCCCACCUGAAUGGACUGCAAAAUGCAAAUUUCUCUCAGAGCCUGAGGUCUCGCCCCACCCACACGGACAUAAUGAUUCUGGAAUCGCACCAACAAAACUGGGAUUUGAAGUCUCAAUUAUGUCAUGUAACUAUCACCAGUUGUUAUUUAUGCAAAUGUAGAGACGUGAAAUGAUGAACCUUGCGCCUGAGGACUUCUUGGUUCAGUGCAGAGUUGAAUAAGAUGAUCUGAAGCACUGAUCUUUUAUAAACACUUGGACCUACUGCCGGUUUUACCUUUUGCAUGACGCUGACGUAAGAAGCACCGAUCACUGCCUGGUGCAGAACAAAACCAUUCUGCCAAACCUCACGUGUCUUCAGUCUCCUCACUGGGUUUAAUGUUUUACUUUCACUGCCUUCUUCAUUUUCCACCUUAUUUUAGCACUUGAAUCAAAAACCUAAAAUGGCGAGGUGCUUUUUUGAUACUGCUUUUUGAAUAUAACUUUUUAAUGAAUUUUAUUCGAAACCCCUCCCCCCCCCCAUUUGGACAUUGGUUGAAAGCGCGACUCUCUCUCCAGACGUCACAAUGCGUAUUUCAACUUUCAAGACAUUUUGUAAAAGUUAGAUUCAUGCAGAGCUGUUUACUUCCUGAUUGGUUGCAAUAUUUGUUUUUGUUUUUUUAUUUUCUCAGUCAGAAGAAACCAAAGCAAACAAGCUUCCUGUUAACUUUGCAGUGAGAUUUUAUUUUUUUCCCCCAAUGCUGCAGGUCGGCAAGUGUGAGAGGACUUUUAAUCUUGAAAACACCAUUUUGUUGAGCUUUGAAUCUCUUUUUUUAAAUG